AUCUCCAUACAUCGUCAUUGUUACAACGAACAGUCGUUCUUCGACAACGAGUAAAUCUUUGUGAAUAGUGAAAAACAAUGCGGUUCGCGUUGCUGUCAGUGUUUCUGGCGUUUUUAUGUUUCGCCCAUGGCUCGACAAGUUUUGUGGAAAUUCCUAUCAAUCGUAAUAUGGAGUCGAAGAAUUUUGGUUUAACUGGUCGUAUAAUUAAUGGAACGAAAGCAACUUUGAAACAAUUUCCCCAUCAGGUUUCUCUGAUGCGCAGCUGGUCCCAAAGCCAUUUCUGUGGCGGAAACAUCAUUAGCGACAAACUAAUACUUACUGCAGCGCACUGUAUGUAUCUCAAUAACAACGUUAUUCACCCAUGGACGAUUAUUGUGGUCGGAGGAAUGCUAAAGCUAAAUGAGAGAACUUCGACGAGACAGGAAAGAGGUGUGGAAACACUUAGAAUUCACCCGCAGUUUGAUAUGAAGAAUUUGUACAACGAUGUUGCCGUUUUACAACUAUCGAUACCCUUUGCCCUCACUCCGGAAGUUCAUAAUGUUGCUUUGUCAGGAAAUCCCCCUGUACCCAAAACUAUCUGUCAAGUGUCAGGAUGGGGUUAUACAGCGGAGAAAAUAUUUCAGGAUGUUUCGAUAGUGUCUAAUGAUUUGAUGUAUGUAAAUCUGCCCAUUCGAUCAACAAAAGAAUGUCGUGAACUACUUGUGAACGUAACGGAUUUGCCAGCGGGGAUGUUUUGCGCCGGCUACCUGAAAGGAGGAAAAGACUCUUGUCAAGGUGAUUCUGGCGGUGGAAUGGUUUGCAACGGUAUUUUAACCGGUAUCGUCUCUGGCGGCGAAGGUUGCGCGCUUCCACGGUUGCCUGGAGUAUAUGCAGAUAUCUCUCACUAUAUAGAUUGGAUAGUAGAGGACAAACAUGUAAUAAUUGUGAAAAACUUGAAUAUUAUUAAUUGUAAUCAUAGUACACAUAAAAUGCCGACAAUUAUAGUCGUGAUGAUUUCUUUAUUUUUGUGUUGCCAUCAGCUUGCUCUUGAAAUCAAGAAUCAAAUUGUUGACAUUUGAUAAAAUAUUCUAUGACACUGUUAAAUGAAAAAUAGACGCUUUUACAAAUGUAGAAGUACAUGGCUUAUGAGUGUGUUUGUAACGCUAUAUGUAAUGUAAUGUAUAUGUGAUGUAAUGUGCAAAAUAUCUCGCGAGAUGAAUAAAAUUUAAAAUAUUAGAUAAUAUUAGAGAUAAUAGAUAGAGAUACAUAAUAUUAAAUAUUAACUAAUUUUAAUAAUAAGAUCAUGGUUUAACUAGUUGCACAUAGUUUAGCAGUUGUAUAUAUGUAUACAAUUUCAGAUGAGCAUUAUAUAUUAGAAUUUAUCGGCAAAUACUUGGUCCAUUUUAUGAGAUAUUUCACGUGCUGGGAUGGACAUCAAUACAUGAGAUUGUUUAUGUUUUAUAUAUAACAAUUUGGCAGAAAAUUUACACGAUCAGUAUAUCUUUAUAAGGAAUAAUAAAUAAUUAAAUGGUCAUAUAAAUAUUUAUCAUUAUCCCUUAUUUUAUUAAAUUAAGACUUGACUGAAAUCGAUCUCAUUUUACAUUCCUUAACAUCUG